AUGGUUCGGUCAGACCGUUCGGUUCGGUCUGGAAGAAAAAAAACGUUCUCUUUUUUUUUUUCGCAUUCUUCCUCAGCCACUCGUGGCCGACCGCCGCCGUUCGCCUGUCACCGACCGCCGUCUCCGGUGGUCGAAAAAUCCCAAAAUUCUCCCACAAACUCUUCUCGAACCCCUGAACGCAGAUCUGGCCUCCUUUUCACUAGAAAGAGUCUCAAAAUUCCUAGAUCUGCUGGCGAAGUUUCGGAAGCUUGGCGCUGGGUUCCUCCCUACGAGGAGGACUGUGUUGAUUUUUUUUGUAAUAGCUACAUAUGGUGA